CCCGCGCUCCCCCCCCUCCCGCGUGCCCGCGCCGCUGCGCGAUGCAGUGUGGGGAAUGGCUGGGGUUGGCUGAAGAGCGCACAGUGGAGUUUUAAUGUCCGCCAUGUUGGCCAUGGCGUAUUGAAGAGAGCUAGAGAGACAGGAGCGGAGCGGCUCAGACUCCCACCCUCCCGGCUGGUGUUAGUGCCCGGACGGCGGGCUCUGCGCUCCGUCCCUCAAGUCCCCGGCAGCGGUAGGCGAGUGGGGACCGAACCCCCGGUUCUCCAUGAUCCCGCUGGCCGGGGCCGUUUCCCCAGAGCGGAGAGGUAUCUGCUGCGCCUGAGAUGAGUAAACUGUCGUUUCGGGCGCGGGCGCUAGACGCCUCGAAGCCGCUGCCGGUGUUCCGCUGUGAGGAUCUGCCCGACCUGCACGAAUACGCCUCGAUAAACCGGGCCGUGCCGCAGAUGCCCACCGGAAUGGAGAAGGAAGAGGAGUCGGAACAUCAUCUUCAGCGGGCUAUUUCAGCACAGCAGGUAUAUGGCGAGAAGAGGGAUAAUAUGGUUAUACCAGUCCCAGAGGCAGAAAGUAAUAUUGCUUACUAUGAAUCUAUAUAUCCUGGGGAAUUUAAGAUGCCAAAGCAGCUCAUUCACAUACAGCCUUUUAGUUUGGAUGCUGAACAGCCUGAUUAUGAUUUGGAUUCUGAAGAUGAAGUAUUUGUGAAUAAAUUGAAAAAGAAAAUGGACAUCUGCCCAUUGCAAUUUGAAGAGAUGAUUGAUCGUCUAGAAAAAGGCAGUGGUCAGCAGCCAGUCAGUCUACAGGAAGCCAAACUACUGCUAAAAGAAGAUGAUGAAUUAAUUAGAGAAGUUUAUGAAUACUGGAUUAAAAAGAGAAAAAAUUGUCGAGGACCAUCUCUUAUCCCAUCAGUAAAACAAGAGAAGCGAGAUGGUUCCAGCACAAAUGAUCCUUAUGUAGCUUUUAGAAGACGUACUGAAAAAAUGCAGACUCGAAAAAAUCGCAAAAAUGAUGAAGCCUCUUAUGAGAAAAUGCUUAAGUUGCGUCGAGAUCUAAGUCGGGCUGUUACUAUUCUAGAAAUGAUAAAGAGAAGAGAAAAGAGUAAAAGGGAGCUAUUGCACUUAACACUGGAAAUUAUGGAGAAGAGGUAUAAUUUGGGUGACUACAAUGGAGAGAUCAUGUCCGAGGUUAUGGCACAGAGACAGCCAGUGAAACCUACUUACACCAUCCCCAUCAUUCCUAUUACUAAUACUAAUAGCAAUCAAUUUAAACAUCAAGAAGCAAUGGAUGUGAAGGAAUUUAAAGUUAAUAAGCAAGAUAAAGCUGAUCUUAUCCGACCGAAACGUAAAUAUGAAAAGAAGCCCAAAGUCUUACCAUCGUCUGCUGCUGCUACUUCUCAACAGACGAGUCCUGCUGCACUGCCAGUCUUCAAUGCUAAAGAUUUAAAUCAGUAUGACUUUCCCAGCUCAGAUGAAGAACCUCUCUCCCAGGUAAAAUAUAAGAAUUGUUCUAUGAAUAUGAAGAAGGAAUAUAGUAAAUCACAUGUUUUAACCAAACCACUUUAUUUGUCUUAUUUACAGGUUUUGUCUGGUUCUUCAGAAGCUGAGGAAGAGAACGAUCCUGAUGGUCCUUUUGCUUUCCGUAGGAAAGCAGGCUGUCAGUACUAUGCUCCUCACUUAGACCAAACUGGCAACUGGCCUUGGACUAGUCCUAAAGAUGGAGGACUAGGGGAUGUGCGAUAUAGAUACUGCUUAACUACCCUCACUGUACCCCAAAGGUGCAUUGGAUUUGCACGAAGACGGGUUGGGCGCGGUGGAAGGGUCUUACUGGACAGAGCUCAUUCAGACUAUGACAGUAUGUUUCGCCAUCUGGAUUUGGAAAUGCUUUCUUCUCCACAGCAUUCUCCAGUCAAUCAGUUUGCCAAUACCUCAGAAACAAAUACCUCGGACAAAUCUUUUUCUAAAGACCUCAGUCAGAUACUAGUCAAUAUCAAAUCAUGUAGGUGGCGGCAUUUUAGGCCUCGGACACCAUCCUUACAUGACAGUGACAAUGAUGAACUCUCCUGUAGGAGAUUAUAUAGGAGUAUAAAUCGAACAGGAACAGCACAGCCUGGGACCCAGACAUGCAGUACCUCUACCCAAAGUAAAGGUAGCAGUGGUUCAGCACACUUCGUAUUUACAGCCGAACAAUACCAGCAACAUCAACAGCAGCUGGCACUAAUGCAGAAACAGCAGCUUGCACAAAUUCAUCAACAGCAAGCAAAUAGUAAUUCCUCCACCAACACUUCACAGAACCUUGCAUCUAACCAGCAGAAAAGUGGCUUUCGCCUGAAUCUACAUCAUAGCCACUCUAUACAGGGUUUAGAAAGAACAUUACAGGGUUUUGUUUCCAAGACUUUGGAUUCUGCUAGUGCUCAAUUUGCUGCUUCUGCUUUGGUGACAUCAGAGCAACUGAUGGGAUUCAAGAUGAAGGAUGAUGUGGUGCUUGGAAUUGGGGUGAAUGGUGUCCUUCCAGCCUCAGGAGUAUACAAGGGCUUACACCUCAGUAGUACUAUGCCAACAGCACUUGUACAUACAAGUCCAUCAACAGCAGGUUCAACUUUGUUACAGCCUUCAAAUAUAACACAGACUUCAAGUUCCCACAGUGCACUGAGUCAUCAAGUAACUGCUGCCAACUCUGCAACAACUCAGGUUCUGAUUGGGAACAACAUUCGAUUAACUGUACCUUCAUCAGUUGCCACUGUAAACUCUAUUGCUCCCCUGAAUGCACGACAUAUACCUAGGACUUUAAGUGCUGUUCCAUCAUCUGCCUUAAAGCUCGCUGCCGCAGCAAACUGUCAAGUUACCAAGGUUCCAUCUUCAUCCUCUGUAGAUUCAGUUCCAAGUUUAAAGAAGUAUAGAUGAGAACUGAUUCCUCAUUUAUUCAAGAACUAAACAGAUGAAUGUUAUAAUUCAAUAUUAGUUGAGAAUUUAAACCAAAUGAUACAGUAAAAUGUUUACUUACAUGUUUUGGAUAUCCCCUGCUUAAUACAAUAAUAACUUAUAAUACUUCCAUUUUUCUUCCACUUUUGGAUUUUCAGUCUUUAAACUAGGAGUUCUCUUCAGAGUAUUUCUUUUAUUUAUGAUUUCUUCCACAGCCUACCAUGUAGAGAGUUAGAGUUGAUAGAAUCAUGCCUAGUAUACUAAGCUGUUGUUAAUAAUGUAAAUACUAUAAAAGCUUACAGUACUCGCGCCAGUUGAACUUUUAAUCAGACCAUGAUUUUCUAUGCUAACAUGUUUUCUUGGGUUUUAGUAAACCGUAUAGAAUGUUUGUUCAGGUUCUAUUGUUUUAAAUAUUAAUGAUAAUUAAAAUCUUGCUGUUUAUAAGGUACUAUGGGAGAAAUAAAAAGAGAAAGGCAAGAAGUUUUCAGUUUAAUUAGAAGAUGAGCAUAAAGGUGUGGAAAGUUAAAUAAUGUUAACUCUAAAUAGCGGAAAACCGUUCUAAAGGUAUCACAAAGCAUUAUAUAUGUCAAUUCAUUGUAUAGAUGAUGGCUGUAAUUUCAGUAUAAGGAGAGAUCUUUUCACACGAGGUAUAUUCUGGGAAUGUUCUACAAGAUGAGAUCAGAGGUUUGGUUUGGUUGGACAGAGAAGAGAAGGAAAGGGCAUUUCAGGCACAUGGAGUGGAAGAAGUAGUUGGGAAUAUAUAAGUGUAUUCAGAGGUUAACGAGAAAAAUAGUUUGUCUAGAGGUUUGAGAAGGUUAGUAGUUGAAGUUGGAAUGUCAGGAGGAGGCCAGACUGUGGAACACCUUGAAUGUCAGACUGAUACUUAGACUGCUGCAGCCAGAAGUGACCCAGAGGGAGGAGCAGGGUUUGUAGCAACAGAUUAUAGCCUUUAUGUUCCAAACCUGCCCAUUCCUGUCUGCUUCUGAAGUUAAGUAGUAGUCAUUGUCUACUCAGUACUAAUCCAUUCUUACUAAUAUUCUGGAUCCAGUAAAAGCCAAUCAGUUACAGUUCUGACUUAAAUGUAGAGUAUCAUAAUUUUCAUUGCUAUAGAAUUGUAUAACCAUGGAACACUAGCAAUGGAUGGAACUUUCAAAAUCACUUAUUUUAGUUCCUUUAUUUUAAAGAUGAGGAAACUGAGAUCCAGAGAGGUUAACUGAUUUCUCCAAGGACGCUUAGCUGCCUAGGUGAUAGAACAAUAACUGAAACUCUAGUCUUCCGUGUACUAGUUCAGUAGGUGUCCUGCUCAAUCCUGUUUAACAGAACUCUGACUUAAAGUUCUGACAUGAACCUCGGUCAUGUUUGUUUGUUUUUAAAAAAUUCUUAUAAAUUUAAUACAGGAGGAAAUUGAAACUACAAACUGAAACUUGGGAAUUCUUUAUUUUUAACGUAGAGGCUGCUUGGGUGCUACUAGAGUUUUGUUGAUAAUAUAGUUGACCACGGAAUUUAUAUCAGAUACAAGCUUGAUUUCUGGUUGUAUACUCCUGAUAAUAAACUAUAAAGGUUCAUAUUUCUUUACUUGGUACCUUACUCCCAAAAGACACGAAUUAUUCCUAUUAUUAAAAUUAAUUACAUUUUUUAUUGAGAAGAUAGUCUUGGUCUGUAAAAUUUGUAUGUUGCAGAUAAGUAAUUGAUUGAACUUUAUUU